GGCGCGCGACGUCGUCUGGGCGGCGCGCGCGCCUCCGGGGGCCCGGCCGAGCGCUGCCGGUGCUGGUGGCGUCCGGGGCAGGAGGCUUGACGAGGAGGGCUUGCGGCGGCGUGUCGGGGUGUCGGUUUUGUGGCUGUCGAGGCCGCCCGCUCCUGGUCAUGAGAGUAGCCCUAAGGUUCAAAAUCGCAUUGGUUUGCCAAGUUGGAACUUAGGAUUGGAGUGGGGGCAGCCGAGCCUUGGCGGUAGCAAAGACUGAAGGAGUGACAGAGGACAAUCCAUCUGUGACGAUCCACUGCUCCCUUGGCGAAGAAAGGACAUCUAGUGAUCACGACAUUGCUUGUGAUUGACUGAGAAUGCUUUCUGCUGUUUUAUUUUAUUUUUAAGGAGAAAGAGUCCUGAAGCAAAAACAUCUUAGAGAAAAAAUAUUCCAGGGCCAUGCAAGCCAGCUGUAACCAGCUGCACGAUCCGCCAGGCGCCGCACGUGAUAAAGAUGGCUCAGCUGCUCAGUGUGUUCUCCCAUCAAGAUCCACAGACGGUUCUCUUCACCCUGGAGAUGUACAUAUCCAAAUAAACUCCGGACCUAAAGAAUACCCUGAGAAUCCAAGCUCUAGAAAUGCAAGGCCGGGGGUCUGCGCCUGUGCCCAUGGAUGCAUGCAGAGCCGUUUCCGUAGUCACUCCCACAGUGACGCAAGGCCACCUGAGGACUUUGCCACAGAGUCUGGAGAACAUGGAAGUGGCUCCUUCUCAGAAUUCCGCUAUCUCUUCAAGUGGCUGCAAAAAAGUCUUCCUUAUAUUUUGAUUCUGGGUAUUAAACUUGUUAUGCAGCAUAUAACAGGAAUUUCUCUUGGAAUUGGGCUGCUAACAACUUUUAUGUAUGCAAACAAAAGCAUUGUAAAUCAGGUUUUUCUAAGAGAACGGUCAUCAAAGAUUCAGUGUGCUUGGUUAUUGGUGUUCUUGGCAGGUUCUUCCGUUCUUUUAUAUUACACCUUUCAGUCUCAGUCACUUUAUUACAGCUUAAUUUUCUUAAAUCCUACACUCGAUCAGUUGAGCUUCUGGGAAGUUCUUUGGAUUGUUGGAAUUACAGACUUCAUUCUGAAAUUCUUUUUCAUGGGGUUAAAAUGCCUAAUUUUAUUGGUGCCUUCUCUCAUCAUGCCUUUUAAAUCAAAGGGUUAUUGGUACAUGCUUUUAGAAGAAUUAUGUCAGUAUUACCGAAUUUUUGUCCCCGUUCCAGUUUGGUUUCGGUACCUUAUAAGCUAUGGGGAGUUUGGUAAUGUAACUAGAUGGAGUCUUGGGAUAUUGCUGGCUUUACUCUACCUCAUACUAAAACUUUUGGAUUUUUUUGGACAUUUGAAAACUUUCAGACAAGUUUUGCGAGUAUUUUUUACACGACCAAGUUACGGAGUGCCUGCCAGCAAGAGACAGUGUUCCGAUAUGGAUGGUAUUUGUUCAAUAUGUCAAGCUGAAUUUCAAAAGCCAGUUCUUCUCAUUUGUCAGCAUAUAUUCUGUGAAGAAUGCAUUACCUUAUGGUUUAACAGAGAGAAAACUUGUCCACUGUGCAGAACUGUGAUUUCAGAACGUAUAAACAAAUGGAAAGAUGGAGCCACUUCAUCUCACCUUCAGAUGUACUAAGUUGCACAAACCAUUAGGGCCUCAAGACACUAAUUUUAUCUGGUGUGAUAACUAUUGAUACAGGCAUCACAACUGAUUUCCAGGAAUAGAAUAAUUUUUUUCAAGAUGGUUUUAGGGUAUCACGAGACAUAUUUAUAGUUCAGUUUCUCAAAAGAUUAAGUAUAAGGGCCUGCAUUUUUAAACUAUAUAUUCAACUUAAUAAAUAUGCAACUUUUAUUCCACUUAUUUGACAGAUAAUUGCAGUGUUAUGUUGAAAAUGUGUUUUCUUGAUGAUAAUACCAAAACAACAAUUAGAAACUAGACCUAGCCAUUUUAAAGAGGUGCAGAUACUGCUUCCUGACAUGGUUUUCAGAAUAAAGAUUUUUGCAUAGUAUUUUAAAAUACAUAGUAUCUGAGACAAUUUAUCAGACUUUUAGAAUUCCCAUUCUAAAAAUGAUUAAAUUUUUCAUAAAAUUGUAUUUUUAAAUGAAAGUUCUAAAUGCUAUAUUUUACCUAUAACAAUCACAUUUUCUAAGUGCAGAUUUACUGAAGAUAUAUUUUAAUACUGUAUUAUGCUCUAUAAUUAAUGACUAGUAAUCAGUGAGAAUAAAUGAUUUAGAUUCAUUCACCUUGUGGACCUCUUAUGUGUUCCUUGCCAUUCCCUGUAGUGUUCAUUUGUGUUUUGUGUAGUACCAUGUAAUACUUUAAAUAACUAUGAAAAUGAUUUGCAUGUAGGUGGGGAUAUAUGUAGCUCUAUGUUUCCAAUUACCAUUAGCUGGGAUAUGAAAGCCUCACUGAAGGCUGUGGUGGAGUGCGUGCUUUAGUGUGCUCCUGUCCUGGCUGAAUUCUACAUGGAGAAGGGGAGAACAGCAACUUGGGCUCAGGGGAAGCCAUAGCAUUUGGUAGCAUGGUUAGUUUUCUCCAGCUGAUUUCUGCAGGUAGAAGAGGCAAUGAGGCGCUUCCUCAUUCCUUGUGUUUCCUCUCAAGAAUCUGAAAUCUAGCAUGUCUAAAAGGCUGCCACUGCUAAGUUAACGUCAAAGAAGUGAACCAACUCCUUCAAGUUGUCCUCUGACCUCCACACACAUGUAGAGAUGGAUAUACACAACACACUUUAUUUUAAAUUGAAAAAAAAUUGACACUAAUGUGGUGACACACACCUUUAAUCCCAGGACUUGGAAGGUAAAGGCAGGCAGAUCUCUGAGUUCAAGGCUAGCCUUGUCUAUAUAGUAAGUUCCAGACCAUCCAAGGCUACAUGAAAAGAUCUCAUCUCAAACCCCAGAAAAAUGUAAUAAGGUUACAACACUCAUUAUCAGUAAUGAACUGAGGCAUUUCUCUUGCCUCUGUCUUCUUUGCUUUCACCUUAAGGAAGAGAAUUCAUUCUGUGAAUUCAGAUCAUACCUUCUAAACAUAAUUAUUGUACCAUCAUUAAGAAAUGCUGCUAGGGGUUAGAGCAAUGGCUCAGCACUUAAGAGCACAAACUGUUUGAGAGCUCUGGAAUUGAAUCCCAGCACCCACAUGGCUGCUCACAACCAUCUGAACAAUAGUUCUAGGAGCUCUGAUGCCCUCUUCUGGCCUCUUUGAGCACUGCACACAUGAUACAGACAUACAUGCAGACAAAACAUCUAUACAGUAAAAAUAAAUGUUAAGAAGAGAGGGGGAAAGGGGACAGCUACCACCAACCACCGGGACUGAGAAUAAUGUGGCUUUACACUAGAGGCUUCCCUCCCUCCCUCUUUUCUUCAAUAGGACUUCUCUGUGUAGCCCGUGCUGUCCUGGAACUUUGAACUCAAGAGAGCUGCCUGUCUCUGCCUCCCCAGCGCGGGGACCAAAGGUGUGCACCAACAAUCCUGACAAGAUGGAUGCUUUUUGUACUUUAGAUUUGUGAUGGUUGUGAUAAACAGCUACCAUAUGACUACUAGAUACCAUACCCAUGUACUCUGCAAGACACAGCAAGUGCUCUUUAACUGUGGAACCAUCUGUCCAUCCCAGCCCCCAAAAGAGAUACAGCCAUACUUUACAAAAUGGUAACUUCUGGCCUGGAGGUGUUAGUGCACGCCUUUAAUCCCAGCAACCCUUGGGAGACAGGCAGGUGGAUCUCUGAGCUCCCGGACAGCCAGGGCUGUCUCAACCAAAAAAAUCAUAAAUAAAAAUAAAAAAAGGUUAACUCUGGGCUAGAGAGGUGGCUUAGCAGACAGAGGUGUUCACCACGAAGCCUGAUGAACUGAUUCCAAUUUCUGGGACCCAUAUGGCAGGACAGAACUGACUCUGACAUACUGCCCUCUGACCUCCACAUGCAUUCAGUGCCCUGUGCAAACCACAAGCCUAUCUAUAAUAGCUUUUUAAAGGUAACUUCAGCUGGAGAGUUUCCAAGUAUAUUACCAAGUAUGGUACAUUACCAUACUUUACCAUACAUUACCAAGGAUGGUAUGAAGGCCUCAAGUUGUAAAUUACCAUCCAAAAAUGGCCAUGAAUUGCUAAAUUUGAGCACUGUAUUAUUUUUUAAAGAUUGUUUACUGUGUAUACAGUGUUCUGCCUACAUGUAUGCCUGCACACCAAAAGAGGGCAUCAGACCUUAUUAUAGGUGGGGUUGUGAGCCACCAUGUGGUUGGUUGCUGGGAAUUAAACUCAGGACCUCUGGAAAACACUGAGCCUUCUCUUCAUCCCUGGAGCACUAUAUUAUCUUGUAAGUGAACAUUACAUUAUCAAAGGUAGCUAUGAGGUGUACUUAAGCAAGCUGUUGAUUAAUACAAUAAAGUAUUCCAGUAUAUGUGAAGCUGGAUUCCACAUACCUUUUUGCAUGAGUAUUUUUUAAAGCAAACCAAGUAUAUUCAAAAUAACAAAGAUGUGUACCAUUUAAUACGUAAAGUCACUACUAAAAUUUGUUACAUUUUUAAAUAGCUCCAAUUUCUCAGGAGAAAGUUUAUAACUGUCAUUCAUUCAUACAAAAGUAGUUUAUUAAAUAUGAGAACAUGAACAUAUCUAAUGUUAAUGAAAAAACUGUACAUCUGUUAUGUAUACUAUGGUAAAUAUGUAUGCUUAAUUUUUUCUCAGGUAAUAAAAAAUCACUUCUA